CAAGCGAGCAAGCAGCAUCAUCGUUACAUAAGGCCGAGGAAGACGCUGAACCUGCGCAGGAAGCCGGAGAGGCGGCUCGGAGCGCAAUGGAGGAGGAGGGCGGAAGACGGCAGAAGGAAGAGGAGGAGGAGCCCCGCCGGUGACCUUCGCUCCCCGGCGCCGGCUUUGCAAGACGGCUGCAAGCGCAGCUUCCCACGCGCGCGUCAAGGGGUCCUCUGCAAGCACCGCCUCGACGGCGCGCCCAGCUCUUUCCUUUGCGCCAUGGCGGAGCUGGCGUGGGCUCUGGGGGCCUUGGCCGCCCUGUUCGCCCUGCUGGACGGCUGGUACCUGCUGCGGGUGCCCGUGACGCUGCUGUACGCGCGCUGGGCGCUGCCCACGGUGUGGGACUUGCUGGAGGAGCAGAGCUUCGCCAGCCGGGUGCUGCCGUCGGACCUGGACUGCCUGGUGCACAUGAACAACGCGCGCUACCCGCGCGAGGCGGACCUGGCGCGCCUGGCGCACCUCACCCGCUGCGGGCUGCUGCGCGCCGUCCGGGGCUUAGGCGCGCACACGGUGCUGGCCGCCUCGACGUGCCGCUACCGCCGCUCGCUGCACCUGCUCGAGCGCUUCGACGUGCGCACCAGGCUGCUGGGCUGGGACGCGCGCGCCUUCGUCCUGGAGCAGCGCUUCGUGCGCGCACGGGAUGGCUUCGUGUGCGCCGUGCUCCACGUCCGGCUGCACGUGGUCGGGGCUAGCCCCGCGCAAGCCGUCGAGAUCCUCUGCCGCAGGAAGGUGGAGUCUCCUGAACUUCCUGAGGAAAUACUACACUGGUUGAAAUACAAUGAAGUCAACAGCCAAAAGUUACGGGCAGAGAGCGAUUUGCAGGAAAACAACAAGGAAGAGUAAUGGGAUACCUCAAACCCGUUAUGACCUCAGUGCAGGAUCCUUCCUUCGGAAUCGCUGAGGAUUAUUAAGACUCCCCUUUUCAGCUACCGUGAGAAAUAUAAAGUUCUUGCACCGCAGCAACAACAAAGCCAGCCAAUUUGAUAGUCAGCCCCAAAGGAUUGGGACCACGUGGAGCAGUCUUAUGGUUCCACCCUGUCGGCAGCCAUACACAGGGAAAUAAGGUCACGCCAACCCAACCGUAGUAUAGCACUGGAUUUAGCCGCGAUCCUGUCCUCAUCCACUGGGCAUUACUCGAGAACAGGAAUGCCGUCCCCCUGUUCUUAACCUGUUCUUGUUUACGAAAGCCGACCCUGAUAUUUCUGUGGUGACCAUCACAGCCCAGAAAACUUAGGAGAGAUGUGUUUUGGGUCUAUGAAAGGGGAACCCAGUUGACUUUUUGAUUUGAGAUCACCACAGAUCCAGGGCUCUGCAGAAACCAAAGUAUAAACGGGCAACCUAAGUCUUGCGGGGAAGCCUGGGUUGUCGUCUGCUUACAAACUGGAGCCAGUGACGUUGCUCUCCAGAUGUUGUUGAACUAAAGCACGCCUCGUUGGCCAGGCUGAGGAGGGUUGGAGUCCACAACAUCUGCAGAGGAUCAUUUUGGCUAUCCCGAUCUACUGUGACGAAUCUGCUGCCAUUGCUCAUUCGCACACGGCUGGCUUCAUGCAAAUGCUUGAAAUCGGAGGUGGGGGACCUGUGGUCCUCCAGAUGUUCCUGGGACUACAUCUCCCAUCAUCCCAGGCCAUCAGCCACUUUGGCUGGGGCGGAUGGGAGUUGGAGCUCCAAACAAGAUCUGGAAGGCCACAGGUUCCACAUCCCUCCAGUGUUUAAUGGAAACGUGUACAUCCAUCAGAGUCCAGGUGGACCACACAAGACCUUCAACUCUUUCUGCUGGAAGGUCUUGUAGGCCUCCUAGGAGAAAGAGUUGUUCCAUGCAGGCCCCACCCGUGGCCAGCUGAUUUUCCUUGAAGUGGGGGACAUUCCAGUAUUAGGACUUAGCUCAGGCUUCCUCAAACUCGGCCCUCCAGAUGUUUUUGGGACUACAACUCCCAUGAUCCCUAGCCAGCAGGACCACUGGUCAGGGAUGAUGGGAAUUGUAGUCUCAGAACAUCUGGAGGGCCAAGGUUGAGGAAGCCUGGCUUAGCUGAAAGGGGAUUCCGUGUAGCACAUCCGAUUCCCACAGCCUUGCAUGAGCUAGCACCCGUUUAAUACAGCAGAGACAAUCAGGGUUUGAUGUUCACAGCACCAAAUAUACAAAACAGGCACAGACUUAUUUCAUUCUACAUGGUUCUUCUGUUCCAGAGAGAUUUUUUCCCCCGUACUUCUGGUGAACCAGGAGGAAACCUGCGUGGUUUAAAAUAGCUUUGAGGAAAAAUUGUUGUAUGUUCUUUAUUGUUACUGCAUUUAAUUAUUCGGUGCUGAAGAUUGAUUGGUGGUUUUCGAAAGGGGUUGUUUUUUUAAAAAAGUUAAUCCAGUGGAAUAGAAAGAUCAACCAUUUUGCACAGGAGGGAAUCAGCACUGUCUUCAAGUCUUAUUUAUUUAACUUAUUUUCUUUUGCACUGAUACGUUGCUUUUUUCCGUUCGAGGCGGUUUGCAGUCUUGAAGCGAGAGCUUGCAGCCCGGCAGAGGGAGGAAAACAGAGAGGAACAUGAUAAAAAUUGGGUACCAGUUGCUGCACAAUUUAAUCAAUUCCGUACUGACCACAGAGGGAGCCAGGUUUGGGAGGAAAGGGGUGAAAUUGCAAUUGUACCAGUCUCACCUGCAUAGGUUAUGUGGGCAGGUGAAAGUUAGGCAUCAAGUUACACCAAGGAUGGCUAAUGUUGCCCUGCAGAUAUUGCGCUAUAACUCCCCAUUACUCCUGACCAGCCGCCAUGUUGGCUGGGGGCUGAUGGGAGCUUGGAGCAAGGCUAGGGAACACAGUUUGGUACAGCUGAGUUAGAAAUACAACUUCAGGCAUGUUCUCCCAAGCAUAGCUUCAAUUGACUUGCAAAUGACCUGAGAUCUCCCCACAAAAAAGUAUUCCAUUUUAAAAAAUGUUCCUUGCCAGUCCCCCUCCUACUGUGGUACCUUCAACGAACAGUGGUAAAUUUUACAUGUAACGUAAAUGCAGCUAAAUAAAUAUGGGCUGAUGCUACCGUGA